GUCACUGUGUAAACACUUCUCCUGCUAACACGCUGAUGCAGCCAUGCUUGUCCACAGAUGGAGUUUGAAUUUGAGCAAUUCAGAGAGUUUCAAUUUAAACCAAAGCCUUAAUGAAAGCACUGAGGAUCCACUUUUCCCACAGGUCCCAACUGGUCUCAGUAGGACCGGCCACACCGUUGUAGCAGUUUUCCUCGGAAUUAUUCUUUUUUUUGGAUUCUUCAACAAUCUUCUUGUUCUGCUUGUCUUUGCAAAGUUUCGUUCUCUCUGGACACCCAUCAACCUCAUCCUGUUGAACAUCAGCGUCAGUGACAUACUUGUGUGCAUUUUUGGCACGCCAUUCAGCUUUGCAGCGAAUGUGUACGGAAGGUGGCUUAUCGGGGACUAUGGUUGCCAGUGGUAUGGUUUCGCAAAUUCGCUUUUCGGCAUUGUGUCCUUGGUGUCCCUGUCCAUCCUGUCUUACGAGCGCUACUCGGCCGUGCUGUGUGCCACCAAGGCCGACGUGUCGGACUUCCGCAAGGCCUGGCUGUGUGUGGCGGGCACCUGGCUGUACGCGCUGCUGUGGACGCUGCCGCCGCUCCUGGGCUGGAGCCGCUACGGACCGGAGGGGCCGGGCACCUCGUGCUCGGUGGAGUGGCAGCGGCGCUCGACCGGUGGCAUCUCGUACGUGGUGUGCCUCUUCGUCUUCUGCCUGCUGCUGCCACUGCUGCUCAUGCUCUUCUGCUACAGCAAGAUCCUUCUGGUCAUCAGAGGGGUGAAUAGGAUGAACCUGCUGUCGGUGCAGAGGCGGCAGAACCACAUCCUGCUGAUGGUGUUCACCAUGGUGUCCUGCUACCUGCUCUGCUGGAUGCCCUACGGCCUCAUGGCCCUGGUGGCCACCUUUGGGGAGAUCGGCCUGGUCACGCCGGUCGUCAGCGUGGUGCCCGCAGUCCUGGCUAAGAGCAGCACCGUCUUCAACCCCGUCAUCUACGUGCUCUUCAACAACCAGUUCUACAGGUGCUUCCUGGCCUUUGUGAGGUGCAGUGCUGACCCGCAGUCCGUCCACUCCUUCCACCCCCCGCAGAGCAGCAGGGAGGAGGCCGUGGCUGUGGGCUCCUCCCUCACUCACCGCAGGUCCCUCAGCCUGCGCCACCCCAGCAGGACCCCGCUGAGCAUGGAGAGGCGCACGCUGUCGCUGGUGGUCCACUACACCCCCUGACCAGUGGGAACGGACAGUUGGAAUGACUUGGUGCUUCAUUGCCGGACUAAAAAGACUGAAAGGAGGAAGCUGAAAGUAAAAAAAUGUAUGUGUUUAUAUGUUGAUACUUUUGCGCUCCAGUGUUAGCUACCAUUCCUAAACAUAACAAACAUGCAGUGAUAUUCCUUUGGUUUAUUGAUUGUGUAUUUUGUAAUGUUUGCACUUUAAAACAGACUGAUAUGUGAACAUAAAGUAUUUAAAAUUGUCAAGGUUUCCCACUAGAGUGAUUAGAAGGAGCGAGAUUAAAGGAGGGUCAGUGUAUAACAGAGUGCUGGACUGAACUGGACUUGCCAAGCCUGUAGUCACCACCCUUAGGGGGUUUGCCAUGCGGAAAGGUCUUCAGGGAAUAGCCUUGCAUAACACUUCCAGAGCGAAUGCCAUGCCAUGUAUCUCCACCAGACAUCCAUACCACUGUGGACAUGACAGCAAACCGAGAUUCUUUUUUAAAAGCAUAUUGUGCGGUAAAUAAUUUAUAAUGCAUAUAAGAAGUUCAUUGAUGAAUCUGAUUGUGUAUCUUGGUAUUGCAGUGGAAAAUUUAAUUAGUCCCACGUUCCUCAACAAAAAGACUGCAUCCAACUAGAUUUUAAUCAUGGGAAUGUGCUGCCAAAUGCCUACCGCCUACAUUGUCAUGUCAUUUGGUGACAAAACAUCCUUAUGAAAUGAUGGAUUGUUUCCACACUGAACUGAACUUGAGUGGCAUAUUUAUCAUGAAAAUGCAACCAGUCUGACAGUGGAUGAGCAGGUGGGAGAGCAUGUGUAAGCUCUUAACCAGUGUGGCAAAGUACUGUGAGUGAGCGAGAGCUCCACAGGCUUAGGUUCUCAUAAAUGAGAAAAAAUAUAAAAAAUAUGUCCUUUAUGGACUGUGGUCUGAUAGGGAUUCUUGACUUUUUAAUUCUUAACUAUUUCUAUUUUUUAAGCCAUCAUCUUGAUUUUAGAUGCAGCAUAAACUAACAUGUAAUCUAAGAGUUGUGUGCAAUACUGAGUUAUGUUUUUUUUUUUUUAAAUGUGCUGUAUAUCAGUUCAGUUGACCCUGUCUGCAGCAAUAGACGUCCCGCACUACUGUAUGUGCCCAGCAGGGGGAUCAGGACAGGCUGUUGCAUCAUGUCAGGGUGCACAUGUUGAUGUUCAGUUCCUCACUAUUCUGUUUAGUGUAACUUGAGAGACUUAAUCUGUUACCACAUGAAUGCACAGAAUCUUUCCAUUUGCUUUCCAGGAUCUGUGAUUCUAUCUACACCAAGUGAACAGCUGUGUGUAUACGUGUUUCCUAGAAUGUCUUGCUCUGUGGGGCUGUGCUUAUAAUACACUAUCUGCUGUUGAAUGUACUAAGCAAACUGAAUGUAAAUAUGUAAUGUUACUACAGUUUGAGUAGUAGUUUUAUUAUGAUGUGCAAUGUAUCAGUACUAUAAUCAGAAUUUCCAUACAUAAUUUUACAAAAGGGAAAAAAGAAUCGGUAAUGCCAUUCAGAAAUGUGUGUUUUAUACUGUAUUCCAAGGAACCCAGGCACUUAAAUUAUAUUUUCUAAAUUUACACAAACUUCCAACAGUGUCAUUUUAGAAAGAUAUAAAACAGCAAACAGCAAUAACAACAUGCAUUGAAUUAGUAUAGCUACUAUUCUAAGAGGGAAGUAUUCCUAACUCUCUCUCUCUCACACACACACACAAACACACACACACAGUAUAUUUCUCCCAGUCUCCCACACAAAAUGAAAAAUGUUCUUACCUGAACACUUUGUGUUUUCAAUUGCAUACAUUUUGCAACAGGAUGUAACACAAUCAACAUGAAGUGGCCCCAAGCAUGUAGCUGAUUAUUUACCUAUUAGCGCAUUUCACAGUGUUCAUUCAGACAGCCCCAGCUUGCUGCUAUGGUACCCUGAGUGCAUAUGUCCAUAAGGGUAUAACUGCUUCAUGAUAUUUCAUAUGAAGAACUAUUGUGCAGUGAUUCUGAAAGUGUGUCUACUGUAUGUUACGUAUGGGGGGAGAACAGUAACACUCUCACACUUUCACGGUAAAAUCUCACCACGACCACACAACACAAUGCAUUAUGAAAGUUUUCACCAGAACAGUUGCAGGAUGGCUAGCACCCUGUUAGUGUUUUAGCAUUUCCUCCAGGGUGAACCAGACCGGUUCCAGUAGUACACAAGUACACAAAGUUAAACCACUCCCAGAUUGCACCGUUAUUGCGUAUUAAGCAUUUCUUGGAACACAUAUAGCAUUCUGAAAAGAGAUGAGUUAUCACGGAAGUUCUUUUUUGUCACACAUUCAUUUUUUUCCCCCCUUGGAAUGUCUUUGAAAGUGAAUUUGACUAUGUUGCGAUGCUGGUGUCGGUGAUAGCUGAGAGAGCUUGUGUUUUCCAUGCAAGAUGAUGCAGAACACUGUUGUGACAAUGGAACAAAAACAAAUAAAAAGAAAGAUGUGUCUGGGAUCACCAAUGACUAGGA